CGGUGGGCAGGGAUGGGAGGAGAUGAAGGUGUGUUCGAUGCAGGUGCAAGGGAGCCGCAGGGGUCUACACGAGGUGCAUCCUCCCCCCCCUUCCCGCCGCCAUAAUAGCAGCACACCUAGACACUGUGACGGAGCCUUCCAUUACACCACAUUUAGUGCCAGCUUGCAGCCGGUUGCAUGAAGCACGGAACUACAAUUUCGCUGCAUGUGAGCAAACUGCAUGGAGCAAACACGCCCUCCCCCCUCCAAUCACACCCAAACACGCCCACCCUAGCAUCGCCCACCUGGCCAGAAGUCCAAACACUUGCUCCCCCCCCAUCAGCAACUCGUCCCGCAAGUGGAACACAAAGGUACGACAAGCACUGCCGUAAUCCUCCCAAUCCUGAGAGCUGCCGUACACGACAUCUUCCCCUCUGUCUUCCUCCCGCACAGCAAUCCCCAGCCCCGCUUCCAAACCCACUCCCAAGCCUGCCUCCCCUGCCCUGCCCUCACACCUGCUUCGCCUUGCGCUUGAGCUCCUCCAUGAGCGGGUGGAUGCUCCAGCGGCUCUCCUGCGGCCCCAUCGCGUGCGCCUCCAGCACCUCCUCAGCCGGGUACACAUGCUCCUGCAUGAAGGCCGCCAGCCGUGCCCGCAGAGCCCCAGCACGCGCACUCACACCCAACAGCGCCGUGUCAUCGCCGGCGGCUGGCGGCGGCGCAGCCGCCGCCGCCGCAGCUGCCGCCGCCUGGCUAGCCCACGUCAGUGCGCUCAUCCCUCGUGGCCAGCAGGUCUGAGCAUCUGUUGUUCUUAGGACAGCAAUCCAGCAGUUCAAAAUACACGGUUCAUGAUGAGGCAUGCUCAUGUGCACGUGCCGUUGACCCCAAGCUUGUGAAGACGACAUCAGAUAAGGGCUCCUGGCGCAAUUCCAGACAGACAACUCACAAUCUAAUCUAUUCGUUCUAAUCCAACAUACACAGCCCACGCACGACACGCAUAUUUCAGCUUCGCUUUAUUAAAUGGGGGCGAGCCUUCGUGUCUGCGAAGCGGACGGGUUUACAGCAAUGUUUUCAAACUUUCCUAAAGUUCCGUCCAUACAAUAAACAAAUCCUGGCAGUAGCAUUGAAGGAAGGUGUCCACGGGCAUUUCCAAUCAGAAGCUCUGAAUCCACUGGCCAAACUCCCAUUGUACGUGGCAAUAGAUCUAUUUGUUUCCCUCCAUCUUCAAACUAACAUCAUUUAGGCAAGUCACGAGGCGGGAACCCCAUCAAGGAUUUGGCCUACCAAAGGAAAAGCAUCGCACACUUUAAUUCGGCAAACUAACACCGGUACCUGAUGAAAGAGUAAUUCAUCCCUUAUACAGUUGGCAUAUGCACAGCCGCCAAAGUCACGAAAACACCGUCCCUCAUUGAUCUACCCGACAAUCUUGUCUUGUCACAUUUCAACCACGGCGGCUUGACACUUCCUUGAUAUGAACCAGGUGUCGCGUUGGAACUCCUUGCCGGUAGAAAUCUGGCACGGAAGCAGGCGCACCGUGCUGUUCAGAGCAACAGUAGCCCCAGCAAGGCCCGGAGCGAUCCUAAGUUGAAGCCAUGGGCAAGGGAUGACCCUGAUGGGUCAUCAGCAUUGAGCUGUAGUACCCCGAAAAAUAAUACCACCAUACCAUACCAUACCAUACCAUACCAUACCAUACCAUACCAUACCAUACCAUGCAUGUAGUCAGCCCACACAUUGGGGGUCGCAGCGAUCUUCAGUCCUAGCAUGUCGCGGGCUUUCCGUCCGUUUGACGGAAACUUGUCGAGGAGUGGAUGAUGAAGAGGUCGAAGGUCGGAAGAAAAUACAGGAGGCGGGGAUAAAAGAUUGAGUAAGGAGCAUCGACGAGGACCCUAGCCUUGCCGCAAAGCAUAACCUAAUAUUCCCGAAAGAAGUAGCAACGCUAGCAUGAUGCGAAGCCAGCAACUACCGGCAAACUAACUAACUGUUUAACACUGUCAUGACAUUAUAAUGAAAGAAGCACGUGUCCGUCCUAUGCCGUUAUUUGUUGCUAAUGUCCCCAUAAUGCAGUUUGGAUGUCGCUUCGCCGUGCCUAGGCUUGCCUAGCAAGAAACCCAGGGCCUCGCUGCUGCCUAGCUUGGUCACAAUCUUUUCUUGAGAAGUUCCUUAGUAACUAGGCAGCUUCGUACAUAUGCCGUGCGAAGUAGGGGUCCACCCCGACCAUGCAACCGCUUUGCAGCUCUCAAUUACGAUGCAAACACUGAACCUGGCGUCUAAAUGGUUGUAGAAAUUUUGACGCCGCGGAAGACUUGAUAUUUACAUCGAGAGCCAGCCAAAAACCUUGAGGUGCGGCGGUAGAGGGGGAUUUCACUUCGCCCAGUAACAGCAUGCUGAAUAGGACCUCGAGGCCCAAAGAACAAGACGGAGUUCACGAAGGGUUCUUAAUCAUAGGCCGGCAAAACGAGUGCAGCAUAGCAAGCAGCAGCAGGUGCCAUAUGCCGUGUUAACGGCGGCCGUGUCACCUGUCAUCACCGGUCACCAGAAAUCAAUCCUCGACUCCAUGGCUACCGUGUCGUCUGUGCAGCGGCAUUUUGGUACCAGCAGGCUUACCUGGCCGGUGCAGCCGCGGAGUGUCUUCAUCGUGCAUGUGCUUGUGCUCCUUCUCAACACUAGCGCAAAAGCACAGUCAGCAGCAGGGGGCGACUCACCACCAGUGUCGGUGUUGAUUCAAGGCCAGGCUCUGAGCCAAGGACAGAGUCUGUACUCUCAAUCCGGUGCAUACAGGCUUGACAUGCAGGGCAAUGGAAACCUUGUCGUGUACCAGACGAGCACGGGUACCCCCACCUGGUCACUCCAAAAGUAUGGCGCUUUCCCUCCAGCGAUUGAUGGCCCUUAUAUCAUGACGCUCAAGGAUGACGGCAACUUUGCGGUCCUAGGGGCAUCAUCAGGAGUCGUUUGGGCGACACAGUUGGCGUAUGUAGGUUCUGGUCUCUACAAAGCCAUUGUUGCCGACGAUGGCAACCUAAACCUGGUGUCUGGAGACGGCCGCACCUACUGGAGCAGCGCCUGCGCCGUAUUCCCCGGAUACAAGUUCCUGCCCUUCAAGGAUCAGUACGGAUCUGAUGAGCUUGGGCAGCAGCCAAACCUGGAAAGUGCACUGUCCGCCUGCAAUGCUGACUGCCGUUGCAAGGGCUUCAACUCAGGUGCUUGGGUCAAGACCGGGUGCGAUAAGCUUGUCGGUGACUACACAGGCACCUGCAACGGCCUCUACGUCCGUGAUAACCCACCCACGUGCUCACCGCCGCCAUCACCGUCGCCAUCGCCACCCAGCCCGACGCCGCCAGGUUCGACUCCGCUGCCAUCACCGGUAUCACCACCAUCAACACAACCAUCGCCAUCGCCACGUACGUCCGGGCCGCCGCUCUCCCUCACCGACAUUAUUGGCAUCGUCACUGGAGGCUUCGGCGCCUUGGCGACGGUGCUGUCAAUGGCAGCGGCCUUUGCCCGAUGGCGCAGAGCGAGGGGGUAUGAGGAUUCGGAGGGUUGCAAGCCGGAUAGGAAGGGUACAAAAGAUGCACAGUCCAGUUUUGUCUAGCCUUGUGAUCCAGGAAAGCAUACAUAUGAGCCCUGCUUUCUGCAUAUAGUAGUAGGGUCCUGUAGUCCUCGGUCGGACGAUGACAAGCUGCAUUAGAACUAUGAUGAGUUCUAGUGGAGUUCUUACAGUAUCAUCGCUCUGGUCUGAUAAUGGGUACUGAUUUUGUCAUCUAGUAUUUGAUUCUACGGCUCUCUCCUUCACUUACACCCUUUAUGUGCGGUGCGCAACUGGACACGUACGGCAUCUGCUGCCAGCUGCGGGCAACGGCUUGGUCAUGUUGAGUCUUUUCAAUAGGUUCACAGGUUGCUGCAUUUGGUUGCCAUAGCUAGGGUGUCGGCUGCUGCUGCUAGGGCAAUUCGGCCACCACUUUCGGCGACAUAUCUGUUAGGCUAACGACAUAUCUGUUAGGCUAACGACUUCAAUGCGGUUAAACGGUGUUAUGUUUCUAAGUGGGAAACAUCACGCCAUCAACCUCGUUGGCAGAUUGCGUGUUGCACGUUAAACCUGGAACAUUUUCUGCACCGGAUCGCUGCAAAGGUCAUGUUCACAUGUGCGCGAAUCGGGGUGGAUUGGCAGUCGGAUUGGCCAGUAAGGUCCUCGCCCGGAAUGUGGGCUCCGAGCAUGCUCGCAAUAAAACUUCUUACUGUGUCGUAACGACAUUGGCUAUUGGCUACAUGCUGUGUCGUAAGGACAUGCUAUUGGCUACAUGCUUCGUAUUACAUGCUUCGUAAAGUGCUUCGCAAGGAGAAAACAAGUAUCAUGGCACUUCCCCCAAUGU